GGUUGUGAUGCACCUGUACUGGACACAAAAUAGAACAGAGUGAAAGGCAAAAUUCACCUCUCAGCUCGAAGCAGAGGAACAGAUAAUACUGAAGAAAAGCGAGAUCCAAAUUUUUUUUUUUUUACCAGAGCCAUUUAUCAGACUGAAGAGACCAGCUGCCAAUCCAAGGACCAGUCUGUGGGUGAGCAUGACGAUGUUUGUGCCACAGAGCCUCUCUCCAACUUCAUGUGGGACCCAGUACCCCAGUCUGGGACAGGAGUCUCCAGAGUUCAGCCUGUACAGCGACAGCUUCUACAGCCCUCUAGCCGUGUCUAGCCUGCAGCAGGCCACCCCUCCUGCCUAUGACCUGGGAGACUACACCAGCUCUUCUACCAAUCCUUACCUGUGGUUCAAUGGCCCAGAGCUCAACAGUGUUCCCUACAUAGAGGGACCCACGGGGCCAGCUUGUGGGCCCUAUGUGCCCCAACACUGCAACAUGCAAAGGCCCUAUCUGGGUGCUGAUGGGCCGGGGGUUGUGGUAGGGGACCUGAGCUGGUUUUCCAUGCCCUCUCAAGAAGAGCUGAUGAAGCUAGUCAGGCCACCCUACUCCUACUCUGCCCUUAUUGCCAUGGCGAUCCAUGGGGCCCAAGAGAGACGGCUCACCCUGAGCCAGAUCUACCAAUAUGUAGCAGACAACUUCCCCUUCUACAACAAAAGCAAGGCCGGGUGGCAGAACUCUAUUCGCCACAACCUCUCCCUCAAUGACUGCUUCAAAAAGGUGCCCCGAGAUGAGGAUGAUCCAGGCAAGGGUAACUAUUGGACCUUGGACCCCAACUGUGAGAAGAGGUUCGACAACGGCAACUUCCGUCGCAAGAGGAAGAGGAAGUCAGAAUCCCUGCCUGGCGACGGGGGCUCCUCAGGUUCUGAGUCAUUAGAGUCCAGCCCCAAACACCCCAACAACAUGAGUGACGUGUCCAGCUCCUCUGACCGCGGCCCCUCCCCCAUCUCCUCAGCUCCCUCCCUCUGCCUGAACAGCUUCCUGUCUCAGAUGGCUUAAGUGGGGACGGUAUCAAACACAGUAGAGGCAGAUACCCUCCACAGACCCAGGCUGUCUAUAGAGGUACCCCAACGGGCCUCUCCGUCCCAGGGAUACGGCUCCUACUCUCCCAACGCUACAGUGCCUCACUGGGAAGUCCAUAUGUCUCCUCCGCAGCACCCUACCAUCCCUUCCUCCCCUCCCCUCUACCCUGGGGGCUACAGGGACUCUGUCCGCUCCCUGCUCAGCAACCAGCUAUACCCAGCCUUGGACACUAUACUUUACCAACAGGAAGGCACAGAGGUGUAAAGCACAACUGAUAGAGCCACUCUACUCCAUAGGGCAGGCUGCCUUUGGGCAAACUCUCACUACAAUAUCUUCCUCAGCAGAGAAUUAAACUUCACUGAACACAUACUAAAGAGGAUGAUUUACAAUGUUUUUUUCCCCUCUCUCUUAAUUGAUUGUACGUAUGUAUAUUGUUUGCUGUUCCAUAUACUGUUUUUAUAAUAUGAACUCAACUAUCUGUAAAACAUUUGAGGGAUUCUUGGAUUCAAACAUUUUUAAAGUGGGUUUUGUAUGUGAUGUACGUAAAUGUCCUGUCAUCAAGCUUUUUACAAUUUUUUUUAAAUAAAAAACAACAACAAUAAGAAAUUCUCA